AUGUCUUGUCGCUAUUGUAAUAAAAUUCGUUGUUUAUUACAAGCAGACAACGAUAUUGCUGCUGGUACAACAAGUUACAGAACUAAAUUAUAUGCUUACAUAACAUUUGAUGAUAAAACACGUGUGGAUUUUAAAAAUAACAUUACACGCUGGGUUAGUUUAUCAGUGAUAUCACUUUGA